AUGGUCAAAACAUAUCUAAAAUUCGAGCAUUCAAAAACUUUUGGCCUCGUCACCUCGUCUUCCUCGAAUGCCGUCUGGACCAAAGACGAAGAUGUCCCCGGUGCUGAACGACGCACAGGCGCAGGACGUGCUAUAGUCGGCGCAAACGAAGAAGUUCUCUGCUGGGAUGUCAAAAAAGGGGAAUUACUGGGCCGUUGGCGAGACGCAGAUUGCAAUGCUCAAGUGACCGCGAUUACACAGAGCAAAUCAGACGAAGAUAUCUUUGCCGUUGGAUACGAUGACGGAAGCAUUCGACUAUGGGACUCGAGAAUGAAUACAGUGAUCAUAUCCUUCAAUGGUCACCGAAACGCAAUCACGCAGCUCGCCUUUGACCAGUCCGGCGUUCGAUUAGCCAGUGGCUCGAGAGAUACAGAUAUUAUUGUAUGGGACUUGAUUUCGGAGGUUGGAUUAUAUAAACUCAGAGGUCAUACGGAUCAAAUCACAUCAUUGAACUUUCUAUCACCGACAGACGAAACCAACGCUGGUUUGACGGACCCGAGCGAGACGGGCGGUUUCUUGCUUUCCACAGGCAAAGACUCGCUUAUCAAGAUUUGGGACCUUUCCUCAAGACACUGCAUUGAAACUCACGUCGCCCAGAGCAAUGGCGAGUGCUGGAGCUUGGGUCUGUCCCCUGACCAGACCGGUUGCAUUACAGGUGGUAAUGACGGAGAGCUAAAGGUGUGGUCGAUCGACGAACAGGCUAUGCAGGAAAUUGCCAAAGAAAGAGAAGGUUACGAGAACAAGAAAAUCCUUAUUGAACGAGGAAGCUUUUAUCGACAAAACAAAGAUCGAACAACUGGAAUCACUUUCCAUCCUCGCGCAGACUAUAUUGGCAUGCACGGAGCGGAAAAGGCUGUUGAAAUAUGGCGCAUUCGUUCGGCAACCGAAGUACAGAAGAGCAUUGCAAGGAAAAGAAGAAGAAAGAAGGAAAAGGAAGCUACAGAUGGAAACAACGUUGAGGAUAAGGAUGAAGCCAAUGACAACACGCCGCCGCCCAUUUCCGAAGUGUUUGUGCCGCAUGUCAUUGUGCGCACUACAGGAAAGCUGAAGUCUUUUGCUUGGAUAACGACGAAGGCUUCUGGCAAUUUGCAAAUCUUGACGGCGACUACGAAUAAUGAAAUCGAGACCUACCGUGUUGUAGCAGCUGGAAAGAAGAAAACCAAGGACACUGAGGAAGUCGAGUACAGUCGCAAUUUGGCGGUUGAUUUGCCCGGGCAUCGGACUGACAUACGGUCUUUGGCUUUGAGCUCGGACGAUCGAAUGCUAGCAUCCGCAUCUAAUGGUACUUUGAAGAUCUGGAAUGUACGAACACAGAGUUGUCUUCGAACUCUUGAUUGUGGUUAUUCGCUAUGCUCCUCUUUUCUGCCCGGUGACAAGAUCGUCGUGGCCGGUAACAAAAACGGCGAACUAGAGGUCUUUGACAUUGCCUCUUCGACACUCCUCGAUACAAUUAAAGCUCACGAAGGCCCAGUGUGGACAUUACAAGUCUAUCCCGACGGAAAAUCCAUGGUAACAGGCAGCGCAGACAAAACCGUUAAAUUCUGGGACUUCAAAGUGGUGCAGGAAGAAAUACCCGGUACAAAGAGAACGACACCGAAGCUGAAGCUCGUGCAUAGUCGAACCUUGAAAGUCUCCGAUGAUGUUCUCAGUGUAAGAUUCUCUCCAGACGAAAAGCUUCUCGCGGUUGCUCUGCUCGACAAUACUGUCAAGGUAUUUUUCGUCGACACGCUGAAGCUCUUUUUGAAUCUGUAUGGUCAUAAGUUGCCCGUCCUCAAUAUGGACAUUUCAUACGACAGCAAAAUGAUCGUCACAUGUUCUGCCGAUAAGAAUGUCCGCCUCUGGGGCCUGGACUUUGGUGAUUGCCACAGAGCAUUCUUCGCGCAUCAGGACAGCAUUAUGGCAGUGGCAUUUAUGCCGAAUAACAAUGAAGGAAACGGACACAACUUCUUCAGUGCCAGUAAAGAUCGCGUGAUCAAAUAUUGGGAUGGAGACAAAUUUGAGCAAAUUCAAAAGCUUGAAGGUCAUCACGGAGAGAUUUGGGCACUUGCCAUGAGUCAUUCAGGCGAGUUCCUUGUUAGUGCUAGCCACGACAAGAGCAUCCGCGUAUGGGACCAAACGGAUGAGCAGAUCUUUUUGGAAGAAGAACGUGAAAAGGAGUUGGAAGAGCUAUACGAAAAUACUCUCACUACAUCUCUUGAAGACGAAGAGAACGGUGAGGAGAAAGCCGAAGCUGUUGAUGCCAACAAGCAGACUGUCGUUACGCUCAUGGCCGGUGAAAGAAUUAUCGAAGCGCUCGACAUGGGCAUGGAAGAUUUGGAAGUCAUGCGGCAAUGGCGGGAAACCAAAGCAAGAAACCCGAAUGCAGCACCACCACAACGGAAUCCUGUGUAUCUGGCCUUGGGCAAUCUUACAGCAGAACGCCAUCUACUCAACAUUGUGCAGAAGAUUCCCGCUGCUUCACUUCAAGAUGCCUUAUUAGUGCUUCCAUUUUCCAAGCUCGAAGCCCUUUUCACUUUCCUCGAGAUCUGGGCUAGUCGCCAGUGGGAAAUCCCGUUGACGUGCCGUAUACUCUUCUUCAUGCUCAAGACACACCAUCGCCAAAUCGUCUCGAGCAGGUUCAUGCGACCGAUGCUUGAUCGGAUCCGGUCCACACUUCGCGAGGUUUUGGCCAAACAAAAGGAUGAAAUGGGCUUCAAUCUUGCAGCUUUGCAUUUCAUAGGCGGCCAAAUCCGCGAGCAAGGAAGCAAGAGCUACAUUGACGUCGAUACAUGGGAAGACAAGCAGGUUUCGACGACCUCCACUGGCGUCAAGAGAGGUUAUAUAGUCCCAGGCGCAACCUGGACUUCCCCCAACACCCACGCACACAUCCAAGCCCACGGCGCCGGCGUAAUCGAAGUAGCCGGGACGUACUACCUCAUCGGCGAAGACAAGACAAAUGGUACCUACUUCCAGCACGUCAACUGCUACUCCUCAACAGACCUCGUGCAAUGGAACUACGUCGGUCCACUGUUGACCGUUACGACAAGCGGUGACUUGGGUCCUGAACGGAUCGUCGAAAGACCGAAGGUUAUUUACAAUUCUAGCACGAAGAAAUAUGUUCUCUAUAUGCAUAUUGAUGACUCGAGUUAUGGAGAGGCAAAAGUAGGUGUUGCUACGAGCGAUAGUGUGUGUGGAACCUAUGAGUAUUUGGGAAGUUGGCAGCCGUUGGGGUAUCAGUCGAGAGAUAUUGGGUUGUUUCAGGAUGAUGAUGGGUCGGCUUAUUUGCUCACUGAGGAUAGAGCGAAUGGCUUGCGAAUUGACUCGUUGACGAAUGACUAUCUCAAUGUCUCUGCGGCAGUUCACCUAUUCUCAGACAUGGAGGCGCCUGCAAUGGUGAAGCUGAACGGGUAUUACUUCAUGUUCGCCUCACAUCUCAGCGGCUGGGCUGCAAACGACAACGAGUAUAGCUAUGCUACCAGCUUAUCGGGUCCUUGGUCAAGUUGGCAGACAUUCGCCACGGUGGGAUCAGAUACGUACGAAUCUCAGACAAACUAUAUUCUACCGUUCCCCGGCAACAAAACAGUCAUUUAUAUGGGCGACCGCUGGGUGUCCACUGACCUUGUCGCGAGCACCUAUGUAUGGCUUCCGCUUACAUUCAGUGGCACCACUGUCACAAUGGCAGAUUAUACAAGUUGGGUACCGAGUGUCUCCUCGGACAGCUGGUCGACUGCUCCAUCCGCUAAUAGUUAUUAUGGUGUGAAUGCCACACUCACCAAUGGCGCCGUCAUCGUGUCGUGUUCCGGAUGCUACGAUAAUGAAGCCGCUGGAUAUAUUGGUGGCUCAUCUCACGGAACCGCGACUUUCACAGGAAUUACGACAACUUCAGCGGCAUUAUCGACUGUGCAGAUUGUGUAUCGAAACGGAGAUAGUACAGCUCGAUAUGCUAAUGUGACGGUCAAUGGUGCGACCCAGCUGAUUGAAUUUUUGCCGUCGUCGUCUCCUGGAACCAGUGUGAUCAAUUGUAAUCUCAAGGCGGGCUCGGGUAAUGAGAUUGUCAUCACGACGACUGAUGGAACGUAUGGGCCGGAUAUUGGUACGCUUAUCGUGCCACAGAAGUAA